AUGAACCCAAGACAAAUAAAAAUGUUUUGUUACUUAAAUUGAACGUUCUCUGGAUCUUUCUUGUUGAUGUUUUUGAAUCUUUUCACAGAAACUUUUGAUCUUUGAUCUCGGCUUUAUCUCUUGCUCCUAGGCUUUGAGGCUGAAACUAAUUAUGAUGCAAGAACAUGAACAAUCUGAAGUUGGCAAGAUCUAGAGAGAGCUAAUGAUCCAACCCAGGAUUUGGUCGUGUAGAAAGUUAAUGGGGAAUCAUUGUACAAGAAUUCCUUGUUGUAGAAAGGUGUGUUCAUGUAUAUGCUGUUGCAGCGGAAGGAACAAGACUCAAGCUUGGAGUCAGAAAGGGUCCUGCUUUAUAAAAGGGAAGGUCCAUCCCGUUAGUAGAAUGGAGAAAUGGGAGGAGAAGAUCACUGAAGCUAAUAGGCAAGGCAAAAUUCUCGUAGUGAAUUUCAAGGCUUCGUGGUGUUUACCUUGUAAGAAAAUAGCACCAAUAUACCAGGAGCUUGCAUCCACAUACACCUCAAUGAUAUUUGUCACUAUAGACGUGGAAGAGCUCGCUGAGUUUAGUCAUGAAUGGAACGUGGACGCAACUCCAACAGUAGUGUUCCUUAAAGAUGGGAGGCAAAUGGAUAAACUUGUAGGUGGAGAUGCUGCAGAGCUUCAGAAGAAAACUGCAGCAGUUGCAGCUCUCCUUCUCAGACAGUCUUAACAGUUUUUCUAGUUUCCAUGUCAGAAACAAAUAAACAGUUGAUAGUAGUUAUUUGCAGAUCAUGUUAGUAUCACUGAGAUUUUUGUUAUUAACUUAGAUGCAUUCUUGUAGUGUUAAUCUCAAUCAAUCAAUAUUAUCUUCUGAAUC